GACAUCGUGCUCGCCGAGGAUGUAGAUUUGCCCCUCGUCGCAUCUCAGCUGGAGCGAUACAGCGGGGCCGAUGUCCAACUCGUGUGCCGUGAGGCGUCGAUGAGUCCUAUGCGACGCCUCGUCGACGGGCUAACCCCAGCGGAGCUGGUCCAGCUGCGCAGCGAAGGAAAGCUGGACACCAGCAGCCUCUCUGUAGCGAUGGCAGACUUCGAAGCUGCCAUCUCAA